AUGGAAGAUAGUUGUUUUGAAGAUGAAAGUAAUGAAGAUCAACUUGGUAUUGAAGAAAGUUGUUCAGAGAUAGAACAAACUGAUAGUGAAACAUCAGAAGAUGAUGAUGAAUUUGAUCUGGACGAAGUUAUAUCAAAGGUCGAUAAUACACACAUCACUCAAUACAGUUCUAGAUCUGGGAUGACCUGGUCCUCCAUUCCACCUCUUUCAACAAGAACAAAUCUUGUCGAUAAUGCAACUGAGAAGGCUGGACCAACAGAACUCACUAAAGACGUAACCUCUAUUGCUGAUGUAUUUCUUUGUUUUAUAUCCGAAAAACUGUUACAUUACAUAAAAUUUUGA